AUGAAUGUUUACACCUCUAGUGAUGCUGCUUUGACUUUCAAUUACUAUAUAGGCAGUACAACUAGUGUUACUCUUAACAAAGUAACAUUUGACUGUGCUCUAGUUGAUACAAGCUUAGUUACUCAUACCCUAACUCGGGAUACUGUCAAUUCAAGUCCUUUAGUAUUAUCAUCUGGAUUCGAUACAGUUGACUUCACAACAUUUUAAAUAGAUUUCAACACAGCCGAUAGAUCUCUAGAUACUUUGGUGAUGAUUUAUUAGGUCUCUGCUUAUAUUUCCUCAACAAGAUAAACUUUAUUCUAUACUUAUACUGUUACCCUGAAAAAAUAUGAUUGUGAGAAUGUUGUGAUCACAACUUCUGCUAUAGGUGAUACUACAUUUGAUAUAAGAGUUGGAGAUAACUUUGAAUUAGCUGCUGUCAACUGGCCUUAGACUAACUAAGCACUAUGUCCAUUUACCAUUACAUUAUCAAUGGUCAGACAAGAAAACAUGUUAAGCUAUAACACUAUCAAGAAAAUAGAUGUAGUUGCACCAAUCUAAUUCUCAAUUUAAAGCAAUGGACUCACCUUGGACGGGACUUAUAUCGUAACUGUCUCAGCUGAUGUUCCUUCAGUCAUUGAUUUCGUUUCGGCAACUGGAAUGAAGAGUGUUAAUCUAUUUACUGAUAGUUUUGUAAUUUUAGUUCCAUCUCUGUGCACAUACAACUAAGUAACUAAAGUGCCAUAAAACGAAAAAUAACUGGCAGGCCUUGGAUAAGCAGUUGCAUAUUAAGCCUAGUCAUUUGUGUAAACUUAUCCAUAGUGUACAAAUCUAGCUUAUUCUGUGACAGGAUUACCUAGUUUUAUUAGUUUUGAUGCUGCUACUAGAAUCUUUAAUAUAUUUACAGUAGACAAUACAAAAAUAGGUAUUUACACAAUUUAACUAACCUGUAUUGAUUCACUCACAUCAAGCACUGACUCAACUUUAUAUCAAUUUGAGAUAGUUUAAAAAAUCUACACAGAUCAAGAAAACCUAAUGGACUAUUACAUAAAAUUGAAAGACCAAGAUAUUAUGAUAGGAUAAUAAGUAACCAAAAGAGUAUAUAAGAAUGUAUAUCGAGCUAUUCAAUUUUUCAAUGUGUUUUCACUGAGUUUAGAUUUCGGCCAAUGCUCUUAAAUAGUAAAAUAUGAUAAUCACAGACUGGUGAUAACUGCCGAUCCUAAAGACAUUGGAAUGGUUUGUGAUCUCAUCUUAUAUGGCAUAAGAAAAUCAGACAAAGAGGAUUUAUCAUACUUGAUGAAUUUAAAAAUAAUUGGACCAGAGGAUAAAAAACAAACACCAGUAUCACCUUUAGAUAUGGGAAAUGGGAAAAUCACUGCAAAAAUAGUAAGCAUUACUCACAAAGGCCAAGUUACUAUUAGAUUCAAUGAUACCUUAGAAUUACCUAAGAACAUCAGUAUUCUUCAUUUGAUUUAAACACUACGGAUAUAAGUCAGAGACGGCAUAAAUAAAACGAUAGACCUCAAGAUUCAGAAUGUAUCUAGUUACGAAACAUUAUCUUACUCCAAUAAAGAUUUAAAGCUUUAUCUAGAAUUUUCAGACAAGAGAAGAAUAUCAUAGAUAUGCUUGAGAUAAAUUUCACAUUAAGUGAAUACUAUAAAAAAGGAAAAGCAAACAUUGCUAGAUACACCGUAAUAAAACGACCACUACCUUAAUAGUUUGAUGAUUCUAAUGGCAGGCAAAUUCUCUACUAGACUGCUUUGGAGGAUGAUGGCAAUUCUCUAACUAAUGGUUAGUUUACCUUUAAUGGGAACUAAUCUUCCAUCAAACGUGAUUUUGUGCUUCGAAACAUUCAUCAGAAUCACCUCGCUAUAAAUCAUAGAUAAGGAAACUAUUAAGAAUUAUGCCUUCGGCUACUUAGACUCAUCCAAUGAUUCAAUUACUGAUCAGCUUCAAAAUGGAGAUAUCUUUUAAAUUCACUUACUAACCUUUAAUCUUAAUUUCAUAACUCUGCUUCACGAUACGGAUACACUAGCAUUCUUAUCAACCUCGCAAUAGUUUACUCGCUAUGCUUGUGAGACGGAUGUCUACCAGAUUUAAAUCUUUAUAUUUCAAGAAUUUUAAGAGGACACUUAAUAAAAGUUCGUUUCUAUUUCUAUGAUGGCUAUUCUCAGUUUUUUACCGGUCGUGGUCUAUAUAUUCCUAAACAGAAACUCAGGCAAAUUAUCUGAACAGAGAUUUAUGGCAAAAUUUGGUACUCUCUAUCUUGCAAUUAACCCUAAGAAAUCCUAUCUGGUCUUCGAUUCCUCUAUUUUCUUCCUUCGUAGGAUGAUUUACGCAGUAUGUUGCAUCUUUGUAGUAGGCUACGGAGUAUUUCAAAUACUUGUUACGGCUAUCUUAACGCUCUAGAUAUUGGAAUAUCAAGUACUCUUUAUGCAUUUAGACUCAAAACUUAGCAAUAAAAUGGAGGUUUUCAACGAAAGUGUAUUCUUAGUAAUUACAAUCAUAAUACUUGUUCUUGUCGGAGAUUUGAUACCUGAUAUAGAAAUGAGAUAUCAAGUUGGUUGGACUAUUGUUUUCCUGGCAGCAUCAUUCUUUUGCAUAAAUGUCUGUGUGAUAUGGUAUAAGAUUACAAAAAGAGUAAAAAAGGCAAUCAAGAAUGCUAUUAUAAAAAUAAAACAAAGAAGAUUGAUAAGGAAAUAAAAGAUGACAAACAUGGGUAAAUAUCUAAUUUCUAAACACGCAAGCACACCCUCAAAUAAAAGACUACUAGCUAUUCAAGAUCAAUCAAUGGUAAACAAUAUAAUAAGCAAGAACCCUGAAGAUUUCACUUUCUUUAGACAUCCCAAAAAGGAUUCAAGCGCUGAUCCUACUGCUAUGAAUAUAAAUGAGAUUAAAGUUGAGCAAUUAGUUCCAGAUGAUUAAAUAAUAUAAAUAGAUGAAAUAAAGUAGUAGCAAGUGAAGGAAAAAUAUUUCUCAGCCAAUAAUCUCAUUACGUAAAUGGUUUAGAAAAUACCAUAUUUAAGUAUCCUUAAGAAGAGCAAACAUGUACUAGAUAGUCCUCCUGCAAGAAAGAGACACAGUUAAAUGGAGGCAUAUCCUACCUCUAAUGCUAUAAUUUAGCUAAAGCCAUCUAACUUUGGAGCAAUCAAUGCUAAACGAAGGUAGUCAGUAGGUCCAAUUAAUUCUAAGAAAUCAUCUCUAAAUGAUAUCAGCAAUUUUUCAACUAGCAGAUACUAUAAUGUUGAAGAAUCUUAAUUAUAAGCUAUGAUGGACAAUAUAUCCCAACAAUUGAAAUAAUUUGAGUAGCAAUCAGUUAGAACUAAUGAUAUUAUUGACGAAAUACCCAUCACACCUAGAAUUGGGCCAUAGACAGCAGGCAUUAGUACUUUUAAACCCAAGAAAAAAUCUACUGUUAAAAAGAAGAAAAAGAAGAAGAAUCAAGAUCCUACCAGGAAGUUAUCAUUAAUGGUGCCUAAACUAACUAAUCUUAACUCUCAUUUAGUGCUGUAAAACGGAUAUAUGAAUCAAAAUUAUACUCCUGAGAUAAAUAGGUAUGAUGAACCAAGUGCUAGAGAUGAUACUAGUAGAAGGACGAGUAGGAGGCUUAUGAGUGAUUACUAACAGUAUUGA